UCGAUAUUGGCAGUGCAUAUCGGCGCAUAUUGGAACACACCCAUCGUUGCAUGCGCACUAGCAGUCGAUCGGUAAACAUUCCGGAUGAUGCACGUUUGCGUGAUUUGACGUAUUUGACAAAUUUUGGAGAAAUUCCGUAUGUGGAACGUCAGUUGCGAUUAGGAUCAAAAUCCCAGUGGAAGAUAAGAUCUCAUUUUUUUUUAAAUCCUUUUUUUUAUCAUGGACACGGAUAGACCUCUGCACGAGGAUUGGAAGAAACGGGCUUUUGUAGGACCACUACCGGAUAGUUUCUUGAGAAUAGAAGAACGCAAUGCGCAGUUGCAGCAGGAAGCGGCAGAUCAGCAAGCUGCUCUAGCUCUCCAACAGCAGAUGCAGAAUAUGUCGGUAACUCAUGAUCCACGAGUGGGCAGGCUUAAUAUAACAAUUUCUCAGGCCAAAUUAGUAAAAAAUUAUGGAAUGACAAGGAUGGAUCCAUAUGUGAGGUUACGAGUGGGACAUGAUGUAUAUGAGACACAUACAGACUCGAAUGGCGGAAAAAAUCCACAUUGGAACAAAGUGAUUCAGUGCUCCCUUCCACCUGGAGUUACUCAAAUAUACAUAGAAAUUUACGAUGAGUGUUCCUUCGUGAUGGAUGAAUUGAUUGCGUGGGGUCAUAUAGAAAUUCCACCACAAGUCAUUCAAAAAGGAGAGACACACGAAGAUUGGUAUAUGCUUAGUGGAAAACAGGGAGAGAAUCAGGAAGGCAUGAUCAAUUUAGUUUUUAGUUACAUGAAUAAAUUGUAUCCAUAUUCUUCGAUAAUGAUGGUUCCUUCUGCAACGAUGGUUCCUUCUGCAACGAUGUUCGGCAUGCCGAAUUAUGCCCCAGUAACUGUUUACACAAAACCUCCGGCUGUUGCCGCACCAACAGUUGUACCAAGUUCUUUGCCAAAUGCUGAGGUCGAAUUAAAGCAGAUUGCAGAAAUGUUUCCAAACGUUGACAAGGAAGUUAUCAAAUCAGUAUAUGACGCUAAUUACGGCAAAAAAGACGUUACAAUUAAUUCGUUGCUUCAAAUGUGCGAAUAAGUCUCAAUUUUUUUAUGUAGUUUGCCAUAUAUAAUUUUAUUAAAUAUCCUUUAUUAAUAAGUAUUCUUCUGGAAUAUAAUAUACGAAAAUCUAAUUUGUAAUACUUCCAUACGUAAUAAGAGCAGAAUAUAUUGUUUUAGUAUAAAAUGAUAUUCUUUUGAAGAAUAAGCAUGUUUUUAUUUUUAACAUAACAUUCUUAUUGUGUUUUAAUUAAUAACUUUUGUUAUAUGUUA